AAUCCUUGCUCUUUCACAUUUCACAUUUCAUUACUCACUAUGCUGCUGCUAUUGAAAAUUCUAAUACUCUGUCUGGUCACACUGGCCUCGGCCUCGAUUCAUGACCUGCUGAGGAGCCGGGGCCUCCCGGCCGGGCUUUUCCCGAAGAAUGGGGUGAAGUCGUACGAAUUGAGUGAAGAUGGAUUGCUGCAGGUGUUUUUGGAGAGCCCGUGCAUGGCGAGGAUGGAGACGAGGAUUUGGUUCGAGAGCGUGGUGAGGGCGAAUCUCAGCUAUGGAGGGUUGAUGGGAGUUGAGGGGCUGUCUCAAGAAGAGCUGUUUUUAUGGCUUCCGGUGAAGGACAUCAUCGUGUAUGAUCCUUCCUCCGGCCUUAUCUUGUUCGACAUCGGCCUCGCUCACAAGCAGAUGUCUCUUUCUCUGUUUGAAGAACCUCCUCUUUGCUAUCCCACUUCUGUGAUGCUGGACCGCGGCUUGGGUUUGGAGCCCAGAGAGGAAUAAUGUCUCAUUUGUUUGCCUUUGUAGGCAUGCCAGAGAAGUUGCUCCGUACCCAAAGUCAAAGAUCGGUCUUGUCUCCCUUUGGUUAAGGAUGAAUGAGUCUCUCCCACUCAACUUCGGGACUGUUUUCUAAUAUACAUCUUUGUAGAAUUGUAAAAACAUGGAUGCUAACUGCAGAUUUUUUGAGAUGAAUGAAGAGAUUGUGGCUCUGAUUUUGUUCUA